CGGGUCGAAGCGAUCACAUGACGCCACUGUUCGAGUACAUGUGCUAGGCUGAAUAUGGUGAUGAAGAGAAGGAAAAGAUGCAAUCUAUUACGUAUUAUCACGUUUUGUCCGCAUUCGUUGAAAAUGCUAGUUGGACAUUCAUGACUGAGUACACCACAGAGAUAGCCUGGGGAAAAUACUUGAAAACCCUCAGGUCACUAGUCAGCAAAACUUUAAAGCCAAUAGCCUUUCAUCGUCCCCUUACACCGAAAUCCUUUCUGAGAAGCCGGGACACGAAAAUUUAUGGCCUUGAGGAAUUGGACCUGGCACCUUUACAAAAACCGUCUCAGAGUAAAAACUUGUACAGCACAAUCUAUCACACCAACCGGAGCUAUGGAACGAAUCUGUGCAAACUAAAGCUUCUUUACAUACACGCGAAUGGACU